AUGCUCUCGCUGUCCGCCCGAUCCAUCCUCUCCGCCUUCCUCCCCAAACCCAAACCCCGCCGCCUCCUCCUCCUCAGACCCCGCCGUUCCUCCGCCUCCGCCUCCGCGCUGACGCCGCCUACCCCGCGUACCACCACCCCCGACCCCCCGGAGGACGCAGACCCCACGCCNCUCUUCCUCCGCCCGCCGACCCACCCCGUCCCGGAGGCCUCACUCGCCGCCUUCCGCCGCCGGGCCGCCGCGCUCGUCCCGCCCUCCGCGCCGCACCUCCACCGCCACCUCCGCUGGCUCCUCGCGGACGCCUCCGCCCCCGCCCCGUCCGGCGCCGACCCGGCGGCGCCCCACCUCCUCCGCGCGCCGCUCGAUGAGCUCGAGGCCCUGUGGCUCCGCCACGUCCGGGACAGGCGCCCGUUCCAGUACGUGGUCGGGAACGAGCACUGGAAGGAUCUGGUGGUCGCGGUCCGGGACGGCGUGCUCAUCCCGCGGCCCGAGACGGAGGCCGUCGUCGACAUGGUCGCGGCGGUCGAGGGGUUCCAGGACGGGUGGUGGGCGGACCUCGGGACCGGGAGCGGCGCCAUUGCCGUGGCCGUGGCCAGGAUGCUGGGGCCCGGGGGGAGGGUGUUCGCCACCGACGUCAGCGAGGUCGCUGUUGAGGUCGCGCGGCUCAACGUCCAGAGGUACGGGGUGCAGGAUAAAGUUGAGAUAAGGCGCGGCUCAUGGUUCGAACCUCUAGAAGAUGUCAAAGGAAAACUGAUGGGUGUCAUUAGUAACCCUCCAUACAUACCAACUGAUGAUCUACCUGGCCUGCAACCUGAAGUUGGUUGGCAUGAACCAAAAUUGGCACUUGAUGGAGGCAAAGAUGGCCUUGAUCAUUUGCUUCAUCUAUGUGAAGGGUUAUCUUCGGCACUGAUGCCUGGAGGUUUCUUUGUUUUUGAGACAAAUGGCAACAAGCAGUCAGAGUUUCUUGUCGACUUCAUUAGUACAAAGUGGAGCUCAUCUUUUUGCGACGUGGAGGCAGUUUUAGACUUUGCAGACAUCAAACGUUUUGUAAGAGGGUACCGCAGAUGA